AAAAGUAAACAAAAGUAAAAGUCUAAUAUCUUGAAAACCGGUGAAUAUUUUUCGGUGAAAUUUGGUAGAUAUUCGUUUUCGCUCUUUCUGAACCGAGCGACAUCACUUUCAUGCCAAUUCAUUAACUUUUUUGAAGGUGGGAGGGUCCCUUUAAGAAUUGUACAGGUUCAUUACGAACGCAGCUGAGACAAUUAUAUUAUGUUCAAAAUUUGUUCAAGACAUGACUUCUUGAGGGUAGUGCGCAAUAUUGACUAAUUACAGUACGAUACAAGUCGAAAGUCACUUUCGCAAGCUGCCAUCUUUUCUUUUUGAUCAGCAGCAAAUAGAACGUCAGCAUUUGGUCAGUCGUCGUCGGAGUGCUUCGAGAGUUAUACGACGGCCGUGUGAAUCUUUUUUUCUUCAACUGGAUUACGAUUUAAACCAUCCUUUUGAAAAUGGCUAAAUGCCUCGCCAUAGGAUGCCCAUCAAACUCAUCACAUGUUCAAGCUCGAUUGCAGGAAAGCUCAUACAAAUUAACGAGAUUUAUGCUAAUGUUCCUUUUCGUUUGCCAGAUAUACAUUCUGUUAUUUGACUGUAUGGCUUCAUGCAGUAAGGAUUCAGGACAGCUGGACCGGGUGAUGACGUUCCACCACUACAGUGCCAUGUUUGCGCUCGAAGACGUCUUUUUCGAGAUCGUGUCGCCGGAAGUGCUGCAGUACACCUACCUGAUCCAGGUGACUCGUGAUUUCGGCACCCCUUUCAACUUUACGCUGCGGGGCGCGCGCCUCGUGCCCGCCGACCCGUCGUUCGCCUGCGGACCGCUCGCCAACUGUGACGACAUCGAGGGAGGCGUCGCCUUCGUUCAGAGGGGGGAUUGUCCGUUCGUCGAGAAGGCGAUGAACGCCCAGCUCUGCGGGGCGCGCGCCGUGCUCGUGUUCGACGACGACCCGGAGAAUGUCGAACACUUCAUAGAGAUGACGUCGGAGAGCAAAACAAUGCACCCCACCAUACCCGCGGCGUUCCUGCUCGGAAAGAACGGGUACGUAAUUAUGGAGACGUUGCAGCGACUGCGGCUGAGCCAUGCCGUCAUCAACAUCCCCAUCAACGCCAGCAUGUACCACAUUCACGAGCGCAAGCAGCCACCCUGGGUGCUCUGGUGACAUUACACAGGUCAGCUCAGGACAGCCCCGCUGCCCGUGGGUGUGCCCUUGGCAAAACACCCCGAGGGACCUUCGCUGUCGCAUCAGGGCCUAAUCAACGACCAAGUCAAAUGUGAGGGUCAAAUCUGAGGGUUUUUGCGCUUACAUAAGGACUUGGCCUCGGCUGAAUGAGCCGGGACGCGUAUUUAUUGCUCAUCGUUUGUAGUAUUCGGCAAGGCGAUGUGUUUUGGUUUUCGUGUGUUUGUUGGGGUCAAAGGGUGCUGUUUUUUGUAGCUCGCUACAGUGAGGGAUUUGUCAUUUCCAGUCGUUCGCUGGGGUCAUUAGUUAGCCAGGUCAGAGUGGUCUGCUGUGCUGGGGGUCUGGGAUACUGAGUUAGCCUGAAGUCAGCCAGUAGAGGGCAUAGGCGGGCCGCGGCUCGCCUACCUCAGCAGUGCCUGGGCGCCGCCUUGUCGCGAGUGGUCACCUCUGGGAGGCUGUAGUUUGUACGUUAUAGGUAUUAGCUUCAGUAAUCCACCUGACAAAAUGUGACGAAGCGUUAUAGCAUGGGGCGCCACUGAAGGUCCUCCCUCUCCUCAGAGCCGGUCCCCGGGCCCGCUGGGAACCCCAUGCCCCCGCGGGGUGGUACCGGUAGUGGAUAGCGGUCGCUCACAGCACUGUGAUAGGGGUGCAUGUGUUGGGUCAGCGCUGCGGAAUAACAUUAGCUGCAGAGAUGGAGCAGCAGUGGAAGCACACAAACAUGCCGAGGCUCUCAGAGCCUCGCUAUGCACGAGCUUCGCCCUGCUCACAGGCGGGCUGCUGCUUCCUGAUUGGUAGACCCCACCUGCCGACAAGUCACGUGAUUGACCAGACGUGUUACCGUCCCACCGGAGUGGAUUCGAUGGGCGGAGUGUGCGGACGGUGACAUCAGAGAGAGAUAAUGCUGGAGUGAGGAGGGUGCUGGAUCGCGCCUUUGUAUGCGCCAGUCUGGAACCUUUUGAUGUGGUUAUCUAAUGGCGUUACUGUUUCACGUCAUUCAGAUGUGAAAAUGCACGUAUUUCGUCAAGAAUUGGGUUAGCGGAUUGCUGAUUCGCAAAAUAAUAUUUGCCAGAAAAAAAUUGUUAUUUGAAUGGCCAUGUAUGUUAUUUUCAACUUAACUUUAGUUUCAGCUUAGUAAUUUCGGUUGCUUUGCGCCAGCCCCAGUUCGACUCAAACGUUCGUAGGUGUAUAAUAGCACCAAAGUUUCGUGGGUCCGGGAACAGUGCGUUGGUCAUUGAGCGAGAGUCUUGGUCGGGCUUCUUUAACGUGAACAUAUGUCUCCGCCACGGGUGAUAUACGAAGUUGUGCCUCAAUCAAACAAACUGCCAACUGGCAUGCAUGACGCGAGAAAAACCCAUAUAGACUUACCAUCAUUGUUUCUGCAUGUUCAUGAUGUUUAAAGGCGAUAAAGUGAAUUUUCGGUCGUCAGUUAGCGCUUUGGAUUGCGUCGGAGGAUUGCUGUUGAUUCCUAGUAACCUAUGCCAAUAGUCGUGUGCAUUAGGUGGGGGCUGCGUGAUAUGUUUUAUGCGAUCUCAGGUACAGUCAUCAGCAGUGGGUUUGUUGAUUUCAAUACAAAUUGCUCGGUGA